UUCACUUCAUUCAUUUGUGUAUGUGGCAGCUGUGGGUGCAUUGUUCAUAUUUAUUACAAUAAAAUUAAACGUACCAAUUUAUCAUAAAAAGCUUCAUGUAGAAUCAAAAUUAAAUAGCUUCGCAGUUUUUAAAGAACGCUGCUUAGGUGAUAUCGUUUAAUUUGUGUUAAAUAAAGCCGCAGCCAUGGCGCAAGUUUUGCCGAUACGUUUUCAGGAGCAUUUACAGCUCACAAGCAUAGGGAUCAACCCAGCUUCAAUAUCAUUCAACACUCUCACCAUGGAGUCUGACAAGUUCAUCUGCGUCAGAGAGAAGGUUGGAGACACAUCUGAAGUUGUGAUCAUCGAUAUGGCAGAUCCCACCAACCCCAUACGUAGACCUAUCAGCGCCGACUCGGCCAUCAUGAAUCCCGCCAGCAAAGUCAUCGCUCUAAAGGGAAAGGCUGGAGUGGAAGCAGCGCAAAAGACCCUCCAGAUAUUCAACAUAGAGAUGAAGUCCAAGAUGAAGGCUCACACGAUGACCGAAGAUGUGGUCUUCUGGAAGUGGAUCUCACCCAACACCCUGGCUCUGGUUACCAAGAUGUCAGUCUACCAUUGGUCCAUGGAGGGGGAUUCCACUCCGGUGAAGAUGUUCGACAGACAUUCCUCGCUGGCCGAGUGCCAGAUCAUCAACUAUAGGACAGACCCCAAGCAACAGUGGCUGCUGCUAGUCGGUAUAUCCGCCCAGCAGAACCGCGUAGUGGGAGCGAUGCAGCUCUACUCGGUAGAGCGCAAGUGUUCCCAGCCCAUAGAGGGUCACGCGGCGUCCUUCGCGACCUUCAAGGCGGAGGGCAACGCGGAGCCAUCGACGCUGUUCUGUUUCGCCGUCCGCACCGCUCAGGGGGGGAAGCUGCAUAUUAUUGAGGUGGGCCAGACGCCAGCCGGCAACCAGCCCUUCCCCAAGAAAGCAGUUGACGUGUUCUUCCCCGCAGAAGCCCAGAACGACUUCCCGGUGGCCAUGCAGGUGUCGCCAAAGUACGACGUGAUCUACCUCAUCACGAAGUAUGGGUACAUUCACAUGUACGACAUCGAGACGGGGACGUGCAUAUACAUGAACCGGAUCUCGUCGGACACCAUCUUUGUGACUGCACCACAUGAGGCGAUCGGCGGUAUCAUUGGUGUGAACCGCAAGGGACAGGUCCUCUCGGUUACUGUGGAAGAAGAGUCCAUAGUGCCGUACAUAAACACGGUACUGCAAAACCCGGAGCUCGCUCUACGUCUGGCAGUGAGGAACAACCUGGCUGGAGCAGAGGAGCUGUUUGUGAGGAAGUUCAACAUGCUCUUCACUAAUGGACAAUAUGCUGAGGCUGCCAAGGUGGCAGCCAUGGCCCCGCGCGGGAUCCUCCGCACGCCGCAGACAAUCCAGCGGUUCCAGCAGGUGCCGACUCAGCCGGGCCAGACGUCGCCCUUGCUCCAGUACUUCGGCAUACUGCUGGACCAGGCGCAGCUCAACAAGUUCGAGUCGCUGGAGCUCUGCCGCCCCGUGCUGCUGCAAGGUCGCAAGCAACUCCUCGAGAAGUGGCUCAAGGAAGAGAAGCUGGAGUGCUCCGAGGAGCUGGGUGACCUGGUGAAGCAGGUGGACCCCACCCUGGCGCUGUCGGUGUACCUACGAGCCAACGUCGCCAGCAAGGUCAUACAGUGUUUCGCCGAAACUGGACAGUUCCAGAAAAUUGUGUUAUACGCUAAGAAGGUCGGAUACACACCUGACUACAUCUAUCUGCUGCGUUCCGUGAUGCGCACGAACCCCGAGCAAGGCGCCGGGUUCGCUGGUAUGCUCGUCGCCGAAGAUCCGCCCCUGGCCGACAUCCAGCAGAUAGUGGAUGUCUUCAUGGAACAGAACAUGGUGCAGCAGUGCACCGCCUUCCUGCUAGAUGCCCUGAAGAAUAACAGGCCCGAGGAAGGACCGUUACAGACUAGACUGUUGGAAAUGAACCUUAUGUCGGCGCCGCAAGUGGCUGACGCGAUCCUCGGCAACGGCAUGUUCACGCACUACGACCGCGCGCACGUCGCCCAGCUGUGUGAGAAGGCGGGGCUGCUCCAACGCGCGUUGGAGCACUACACCGAUCUGUACGACAUCAAGCGUGCUGUGGUACACACUCAUCUUCUGUCAGCGGACUGGCUCGUUAGCUACUUCGGAACCCUCUCAGUUGAAGACUCAUUGGAGUGUUUGAAAGCCAUGCUGACGGCGAACAUUCGGCAGAACCUGCAGAUCUGCGUGCAGAUCGCGACCAAAUAUCACGAACAGUUGACGACCAAGGCUCUCAUUGAGCUGUUUGAAAGCUUCAAAACUUACGAGGGCCUGUUCUACUUCCUCGGUUCCAUUGUCAACUUUAGCCAGGAUCCAGAAGUUCAUUUCAAGUAUAUUCAGGCCGCUUGCAAGACCGGACAGAUAAAGGAGGUGGAGAGAAUAUGUCGCGAGUCCAACUGCUACAAUGCUGAGCGCGUUAAGAACUUCCUGAAGGAGGCCAAGCUGCCCGACCAGCUGCCGCUGAUCAUCGUGUGCGACAGAUUCGACUUCGUACACGACCUAGUACUGUACCUGUAUAGGAACAGCCUGCAGAAGUACAUUGAGAUAUAUGUGCAGAAGGUAAACCCAUCACGCUUACCAGUCGUUAUUGGUGGGCUUCUUGAUGUGGACUGCGCAGAGGACAUAAUCAAGAACUUGAUCUUGGUGGUGCGUGGACAGUUCUCUACUGAUGAGCUGGUAGCCGAGGUUGAGAAGAGAAAUAGGUUGAAGCUGCUCCUGCCAUGGCUCGAGACCAGAGUCCACGAAGGUUGCAACGAGCCGGCUACGCACAACGCGCUCGCUAAGAUCUACAUCGACUCCAACAACAACCCCGAGAGAUUCCUCAAGGAGAACCAGUGGUACGACUCACGCGUCGUGGGCCGCUACUGCGAGAAGCGCGACCCGCACCUGGCGUGCGUGGCUUACGAGCGCGGGCAGUGCGACCGCGAGCUGAUCGCCGUAUGCAACGACAACUCGCUGUUCAAGACGCAGGCACGGUACCUCGUCCGCCGCCGCGACCAGGAUCUCUGGCUGGAGGUGCUGUCGGAAGACAACCCCUUCAAGAGGCAGUUGAUUGACCAGGUCGUCCAAACCGCUCUCUCGGAGACCCAAGACCCGGAAGACAUCUCGGUGACGGUGAAGGCGUUCAUGACGGCGGAUCUGCCCAACGAGCUCAUUGAGUUGCUGGAGAAAAUCGUGCUCGACAACUCUGUCUUCUCCGACCACAGGAACCUCCAGAACCUGCUUAUACUCACAGCGAUCAAGGCGGACCGCACCCGCGUGAUGGAGUACAUCAACCGGCUGGACAACUACGACGCGCCCGACAUCGCCAACAUCGCCAUCAACAACGAACUCUACGAGGAGGCCUUCGCCAUUUUCAAGAAGUUCGACGUCAACACCUCCGCUAUACAAGUACUGAUCGAGCAAGUGAAAGACCUGAAACGCGCGUACGAAUUCGCCGAGCGAUGCAACGAGCCGGGGGUGUGGUCUCAACUCGCCAAAGCACAGCUGCAACAGGGUCUGGUUAAAGAGGCCAUCGACUCCUACAUCAAGGCCGAUGACCCGUCUGCGUAUAUGGAUGUAGUCGACACCGCGUCCAAGGAACAGUCCUGGGAAGAUCUCGUCCGCUAUCUACAGAUGGCGCGCAAGAAGGCACGCGAGUCUUACAUCGAGUCGGAGCUGAUAUACGCGUACGCUCGCACCGGCCGCCUCGCCGAUCUCGAGGAGUUCGUGUCGGGGCCCAACCACGCCGACAUACAGAAGAUCGGAGACAGGUGCUUCGACGACAAGAUGUACGACGCUGCCAAGUUGCUGUACAACAAUGUCAGCAACUUCGCGCGACUUGCCAUCACGCUGGUGCACCUUAAGGAGUUCCAAGGCGCCGUGGAUAGCGCCCGCAAGGCGAACUCUACCCGCACGUGGAAGGAGGUGUGCUUCGCGUGCGUCGACGCGGGCGAGUUCAGGCUCGCGCAGAUGUGCGGUUUACACAUCGUCGUGCACGCUGAUGAGUUGGAGGACCUUAUUAACUACUACCAGGACCGCGGUCACUUCGACGAGCUGAUUAGCCUGCUGGAGGCGGCACUGGGGUUGGAGCGCGCGCACAUGGGCAUGUUCACCGAGCUCGCCAUCCUCUACUCCAAGUUCAAGCCGGCCAAGAUGCGCGAACAUCUCGAGCUGUUCUGGUCCCGUGUUAAUAUUCCCAAGGUGCUACGCGCAGCGGAACAGGCGCACCUAUGGUCGGAGCUCGUGUUCCUGUACGACAAAUACGAGGAGUACGACAACGCCGCUCUCACCAUGAUGCAGCACCCCACGGAGGCGUGGCGAGAAGGACACUUCAAGGACAUUAUCACUAAGGUGGCGAACAUGGAACUAUACUACAAAGCUAUCCAGUUCUAUGUGGACUACAAACCGCUGCUACUCAACGACCUGCUAUUGGUGCUCGCGCCCCGCAUGGACCACACACGCGCCGUCGCCUUCUUCACUAAGGCCAAACAUCUGCAGCUGGUGAAGGCCUACCUCCGCUCCGUGCAGAGUCUCAACAAUAAGGCAGUGAACGAGGCCCUCAACUCCUUGCUCAUUGAUGAGGAGGAUUACCAGGGACUGAGGACAUCGAUCGACGCGUUUGACAACUUCGACACGAUCGCGCUCGCCCAGCAGCUGGAGAAACACGAGCUCACAGAGUUCAGACGGAUCGCCGCGUACCUGUACAAAGGCAACAACAGAUGGAAGCAGAGCGUGGAGCUGUGCAAGAAGGACGCGCUAUACGCGGACGCCAUGGAGUAUGCGGCGGAGUCGCGCCAGCCCGAGGUCGCUGAGGAGCUGCUGGACUGGUUCCUGCAGAGAGAUAACUACGAGUGCUUCUCCGCGUGCCUCUACCAGUGUUAUGACCUACUGAAACCAGAUGUUGUUAUCGAAUUGGCGUGGAGGCACAACAUUAUGGACUUCGCUAUGCCGUACCUUAUUCAGACCGUACGUGAACUAACAACUAAAGUGGAGAAAUUAGAAGAGGCGGACGCCAAACGAAGCACGGAGAGCGCCGAGCAGGAGGCCAAGCCCGCCAUGAUCAUGGAACCCCAGCUCAUGUUGACAGCAGGACCGUCAAUGCAGUACCCAGGAGUUGUCCCGCCGCAGGCGUCGCCAUACGCGUACGCCGCGCAGGCGCCGUCGCCCGCCCCCUACCACGGCUACGGCAUGUAGGGAACCGCCGCCCCCAAGUGGGGUUACGCUCACUUCUGAGCGACCGGCGACUGACGCCGCAACCGGCCACCGCCGCUACCGCAACCUAACGCGACAACGCUCGUUUUUAAUCUCAGUCAGUA